GGAGGAAGGAAUAAAUGCAAGAUGGCUCCUCGUAUAAAACCAGCCUCCUGGCUUCUCUUUUGUGACCAACAAAAUUACUUUUCUUUACUUAUUCGGCUGAAAUACCUUUUCGGUAGGAGUGCAGAGGGUUGAAUCGGUCUGUAGGGGCGGCUGAGGAGUUUGUGGAGGUCCGGGAGAGGUCUGAGACUUUGGGGGAACGGUAGGCGGCUGUUUUGAGGCCGGUAUGAGCUGAGUGUCUGUCGGUCGCCUGCCUCGUUUCGAAUGGUUGUGCGGCGGCGUGUCGGGCCUGCCUCGGUCCUGCUAGUCUGCUAGCUAGGUGGCUAAAUUACACCUCUAGCGCUAAUUUGGUGUUGGACUAAUUUAAUCCCCGCUGGAGCCAGUAGAUAGCUAAUGGUGCUCUUCCGUUUCCCUGAAGAUCGCAUGUGGACAGAUUUACAUUAGACUGAGAUCUGCUUUAACCCGAUAUCAUGGCUGUUUCGAGGCUAGAGCGCCUCUUCAUUUUGCUGGACACUGGCACGACUCCCGUGACGAGGAAAGCUGCUGCUCAGCAGCUGGGAGACGUGGUCAAGCUCCACCCCCAUGAGCUAAACAACCUGUUGGCGAAGGUUUUAUUAUAUUUAAGGAGUCCUAACUGGGACACACGAAUUGCAGCUGGGCAGGCAGUUGAGGCCAUUGUAAAGAAUAUUCCAGAAUGGAAUCCUUCGCCAAAGCCGAAAGAAGAAUCCUGUGCAGAGGACAUGUCUCCUGAGGACAACUCUUCAGACAGACUGAGUUUCUACAGGUUUGACAUCUCCCGCUUACUCAAACAUGGAGCGUCGCUGCUCGGGUCUGCUGGUGCAGAGUUUGAACUGCAGGACGACAAGUCAGGUGAGGUGGACCCUAAGGAACGUCUGGCACGACAGAGGAAGCUUCUACAGAAGAAGCUGGGGCUGGAUAUGGGUGCAGCUAUUGGCAUGGAUACAGAGGAGCUGUUUAAUGAUGAGGAUCUGGACUACACCUGUGCCUCCAAUGCAAACAGAGCACAGGUUGGCAGAGUGGCUGCUUGUCACAGCUCCCGCAACCACACAGCAGCGGAGUUGAUCGACUCAGAAUUCCGGCCAGGCAUGAGCAAUAGACAGAGGAACAAGGCGAAGAGGAUGGCCAAGCUUGUGGCAAAGCAGAGGUCCAGAGAUUUGGAUCCAAAUGAAAAGAGCAAUGACAGCUUUGAAGGUGAACCCGAAGAAAAACGGCGGAAAACCACAAACGUAGUCAUCGACCAGCCGGCAACUGAGAACAAAGUCUUAAUCGACAACGUUCCUGAUAACUCAAGCUUGCUGGAGGAGACGCAAGAGUGGCCACUGGAGAGCUUCUGUGAAGAGCUUUGUAAUGACCUGUUCAAUCCAUCCUGGGAGAUUCGCCAUGGUGCUGGUACAGGCUUGAGGGAGGUGCUGAAGUGCCAUGGGACAGGAGGAGGCAAGUUGGUUGGCAGUACUUCAGAACAGCUGGCCCAACAACAUCAGGAAUGGAUGGAAGACUUGGUCAUCAGGCUUUUAUGUGUCUUUGCUCUGGAUCGUUUUGGAGACUUUGUGUCUGAUGAGGUUGUUGCACCGGUUAGAGAGACCUGUGCACAGACUCUCGGCGUGGCUUUGAGACACAUGACCGACAGCGGUGUUGCAAUGACUGUGGACGUUCUGUUGAAACUGCUCACCGAGGACCAGUGGGAGGUUCGGCAUGGUGGACUGCUGGGAAUCAAAUAUGCUCUUGCUGUCAGACAGAACCUCAUCUCGGAGCUGCUUCCUCGAGUACUCCCUGCCAUAACCGAGGGGUUGCAGGACUUGGACGAUGAUGUUCGAGCAGUAGCAGCUGCUGCCCUCAUCCCUGUAGUGGAUGGACUGGUGCAUCUCCAGCCUGCUAAGGUACCUUUUAUAGUGAACACGCUGUGGGAUGCUCUGCUGGAGCUGGAUGACCUCACAGCCUCCACAAACAGCAUCAUGACCUUGCUGUCAUCCCUACUCACUUACCCCCAGGUGCUUCAGUGCAGUAUGCAGCAGUCCCUGACAGUGCUGGUUCCUCGAGUGUGGCCCUUUUUAAGACACACUAUUGCAUCUGUUCGACGUGCUGCCUUAGAAACCCUUUUCACACUGCUGUCCAAAGCUGACCAGAGCGGUGCUGUAUGGUUGAACCCCAUUCUGCAAGACAUGCUCAGACACAUCUUUCAGUCCUGCAUUCUUGAGAGCAACCAGGAGAUCCUUGACCUUAUCCAGAAGGUUUGGGGUGAGCUGUUACGGCAGGCUCCCCAGCAGUAUGUGGUAGCCGCCAGCUGUCCGUGGAUGGGAGCCUGGAUAUGUUUGAUGAUGCAGGCGUCUCACAUUCCUAUUGAUCUCAACAUGCUGCUAGAAGUCAAGGCUCGUUCCAAGGAAAAGGCGAGCGGAAAGCCUCGACAGGGUGGGACUCAGGUGAAGGAGGCGGUGCAGGAAUAUAUUGGAGGAGCUGAUACAAUCACUGAGGACCAGGGCACACGAGACUAUGUAGUGACCCGUGCUCGACUCAUGGCUGCCAAACUACUGGGGGCACUGUGCAGGUGUAUCUGUGACCCGCAGUUAAACAGCUCCACUCAGGAAAUCCGACCGGCAGAGUCUCUUGCCCAGCUGCUGCUCUUUCACCUCAACUCAAAGUCGGCUCUGCAGCGCAUUGCUGUGGCCAUGGUGCUCUGUGAGUGGGCAUUUGUGCAGAAUGAAUGCGAAAUCGUGUCAAGUGUGGUUCAGCCUCGUUUGUUGGCCAUCCUGUCAGAGCAAUUGUAUUAUGAUGAAAUUGCCAUCCCCUUCACACGCAUGCAGAACGAAUGCAAGCAGCUUAUCAGCCUACUUGCCGACGCCCACAUAGACGUGAGGGAGCGAAUCAACAGCAGUGUCUUCACCAUCGAUCAGGCCAACGAGCUGGUCACCACCAUCUUUUCUGAUGCCACUGCAUCUCUGAACCUGAAGUCCCGGCAGUUCCAGCCACUGGACAGUAAGAGGCAGCAGACGUGUUCCACCGUAGUGGAGACGAAUACUGAGUGGCAGCAGCUGCACCUGCGUGUGCACACCUUCACAGCCUGUGCUGUGGUGAGCCUGGCAGCCCUCCCUGAGAAGCUAAACCCGGUGGUCCGGCCCCUUAUGGAGGCUGUGAAGAAGGAGGAGAACACACUGGUGCAGGGCUACGCUGCCUCCAAAAUUGCCCAGCUGCUGCAGUUGUGCGCAGGUCGCACUCCAUGUCCCAAUGCCAAGAUCGUAAAGAAUCUGUGCAGCUCGGUGUGUGUGGAUCCCAUGCUCACACCUAAUGCAGGCUGCCCUGUUCAGCCACCCGCACCACCAACACAGGAAGGAGGCAAAGCCAGCAUGUCAGAGAAAGAUGGUAUGCACCACAUGGUGAACAAGACAAAAGGCAUCAUCACUCUCUACCGCCAUCAGAGGGCUGCUUUUGCAAUCACCAGCAAGAGAGGUCCCACCCCAAAACUAUCCAAACCACCCCCCAAUGACCUAUCAGCAGGCAGCUCGCUCUCCGUGGAUUCAGAUGAGAGUAAGAAGCCAAUUCUCAUCCAGAGAAGAGGAGCAGAGUUCUCUCUGAUGACUGUCGCCAAGCACUUUGGGUCAGAGCUCACCAAGGCUUUGCCCUACCUUUGGGAGUCUAUGAUUGGCCCGCUGAAAGCUGUGGCAGAAACGCUGGAUUCCAGGCAACUCUUGGAGAAAGGCGACUCUGUGGCUCAGGAGCUGGUCUGCUCUCUACAGGUGUUGGAGGUCACUGCAGGAGCCAUGGCUCAAGUGCUCAUACCUCUGCUGUUGGAGCAGCUGCCUCUACUGUGCACCUGCCUCCAUCACCCGUACACAGCCGUACGCCACAUGGCUGCUCGAUGUGUGGGUGUGCUCAGCAAAAUCGCCACCAUGGAAACAAUGAAUGUUUUCCUGGAGCGGGUACUGCCAUGGCUGGGGGCCAUUGACGACUGCACCAAACAAGAAGGGGCUAUUGAGGCCAUGGCUUGUGUAAUGGAGCAGCUUGAUGUAGACAUUGUGCCCUACAUUGUGCUGCUGGUAGUGCCAGUGCUGGGCCGGAUGAGUGACCCCAGCGACAGCGUGCGCUUUAUGGCCACCCAGUGCUUUGCCACUCUUAUACGCUUGCUCCCUCUGGAGGCUGGAAUCCCUGACCCACCCAGCAUGUCUGAUGACCUCAUUCGCCAGAAGGCCAGAGAACGUCAUUUUCUUGAACAGCUACUGGAUGGCAGGAAGCUGGAGAACUAUAAAAUCCCUGUUCCCAUCAAGGCAGAGCUCAGGAAAUAUCAGCAGGAUGGAGUAAACUGGUUGGCAUUCUUAAAUAAGUACAAGCUGCAUGGUAUCCUUUGUGAUGACAUGGGCUUGGGCAAAACUCUGCAGUCCAUCUGCAUUCUUGCUGGAGAUCACUACCUCAGGGCACAGGAGUAUACCAAGACCAAGGCUGCAGACUCUUGUCCUUUGCCCUCUAUAGUGGUAUGCCCACCUACCCUGACAGGCCACUGGGUGGAUGAAGUGGGCAAGUUCUGUACUAAAGAGUACCUGAACCCUCUGCACUAUACAGGCCCCCCUACAGAGAGAGCACGAUUACAGCACCAAGUGAAAAAGCACAACCUUGUAGUAGCUUCAUAUGAUGUGGUGCGGAACGACAUUGACUUUUUUAGGAAUAUAAAAUUCAAUUACUGUAUCCUCGAUGAGGGUCAUGUUAUUAAGAAUGGGAAGACGAAGCUCUCCAAGGCCAUCAAGCAGCUGGCUGCUAACUAUAGAGUAAUCUUGUCAGGAACACCCAUUCAGAAUAAUGUUCUGGAGCUGUGGUCUCUCUUUGACUUCCUGAUGCCAGGCUUUCUGGGCACAGAGCGACAGUUUGCUGCUCGCUACGGGAAGCCAAUCCUUGCCAGCCGCGAUGCAAAGAGCUCCUCCCGGGAGCAGGAAGCAGGGGUUUUGGCUAUGGAGGCGCUACAUCGGCAGGUACUACCCUUCUUGUUGAGAAGGAUGAAGGAGGAUGUCCUCCAGGAUCUGCCACCCAAGAUUAUACAAGACUACUACUGCAACCUGAGUCCUCUACAGGUUCAGUUAUAUGAAGACUUUGCUAAGUCUCGGGCGAAGGUGAGCGUGGAUGACGUGAUCUCCACAGCUGUAAAGGAGGAGGAGGAGGAAAAACCCAAACUGAAGGCCACUGGACAUGUGUUCCAGGCUCUGCAGUACCUAAGGAAGCUGUGCAACCAUCCAGCACUGGUCCUGACACCUCAGCAUCCUGAGCACAAGCGUAUCAGUGAACAGUUAUCCUCCCAGCACUCUAGUCUGCGGGACAUUCAGCAUGCCCCUAAACUCUCUGCUCUCAAACAGUUACUGCUGGACUGUGGUCUGGGCUCUGCGGGAUCUUCAGAUGGAGGCACGGAGGCUGUGGUGGCUCAGCACCGUGUGCUGAUCUUCUGCCAGCUGAAGAGCAUGUUGGACAUUGUGGAGCAGGACCUGCUAAAACCACAGCUGCCCAGUGUCACCUACCUCCGACUGGAUGGCAGUGUGCCUGCAGGCUUGCGACACUCCAUCGUAUCUAGGUUCAACAACGACCCAUCUAUAGAUGUGCUGCUACUGACCACUCAUGUGGGUGGCCUGGGCUUGAAUCUCACAGGAGCUGAUACUGUGGUGUUUGUGGAACAUGACUGGAACCCUAUGAGAGACCUGCAGGCCAUGGACCGUGCUCACAGAAUAGGACAGAAACGCGUGGUGAACGUGUAUCGUCUGAUCACGCGGGGCACUCUGGAGGAGAAGAUCAUGGGUCUGCAGAAGUUUAAGAUGAGUAUAGCCAACACGGUCAUCAGCCAGGACAACUCCAGUCUUCAGAGCAUGGGCACAGACCAGCUGCUCAACCUCUUCACCCUGGACAAGGAUGACAAAGCAGAGAAGAGUGAAGUGGCCUCCUCCUCCGGAAAGGCCAGUAUGAAGUCAGUGUUGGACGGACUGGGAGACCUGUGGGACCAGCAGCAGUACGAGGCUGAAUAUGACCUGGACAGCUUUAUGCUCUCACUGCACUAACCCAGCUCACCUUACUGAGGCAACCUGCAGUCACACAGUCUGCAGUCUCAGUCCUGUUGCGACCUUCUUUACUACGGUUGCUGCAAACCAUUAUUUUUUUUCUUCCUGUUACUGACUAUAACGUGGGUGGUUUUUAUUUCAGAACCAGGCUUCGAAGGCAUUCUGGAUCUGGAUAUAAAGACAUUUUGACCAUUAUUACUAUUAUUAUUCCCACAGCAUCAGAUUGGCCCAGUCAGCUUGAGCUUCAGCUGUGUGAAGAGACUUCAUACACUCCAUGCGUGUGACCCUCAUAUCAUACACCCACCCACCCACCAAUCAACCAACCAAUCAACCAUACUGCCAGCUUCAUUCGAGGCUCCAUCCAAACUGAGGAUGACCAGGAUUUGUAAAGAAUUAGCUCUCAUUAAUGGUGACUUGCCUCAGCCUGUUCUGUGGGAGCUAGUUCCUGCGUAGUGUUUCUGACGGGGAUGUUGGGAGCAUUUAAUCAGUAUAAUCCACUACUGUCCUUCCUUCCUUUCCCUGGUCACAGUCUUAAAGCUUACCUCAAAGUGGAAUCACCUAUCAGUAUUUGAUCUUAAUAGAUUCGAGCUUUAGGAUUUUGUAUUUCAUUUAUUUUUGUAGAAUGGUGUAGCCAUCUUUAGCGAUCCCCAAUGCACUGAAAAGGCUUCCGUAGCCUUGUAUGUAGAUCUCUAGGGGACAUAGUAGAGGCUUUUUAGAAAGGACAAAAGGAGAAAAAGAGAGAAGGGAGAGGAGAGUUCAGCUCUUUCUCCACUAGGAGGCAGUAGUCUUUCCUCUGAAGCACAGUGCCUGUCGGUUAGUUCCCUCACCCACCACUUUAGCUCAGAGACGAGAGACCAGAACCAGGCAGCCUCUGCCGAACUCCACUAAUGCACAGACAAAAUGUGAAUAUGAUCUCUGACCGUGUGCAAGAAGGGCACGGCACUGACCGUUCUCCUAUGCACCAUCAACCUGGCAGACAUAGGAUGCUCACACAACCUUGUUGGGUAGUUUUAAAAAGGAAAAAUGCAAGGACUUGUAAAUACUUCUGUAAUUUGCCUUCUUUUGAUUAAGCUGCUAGAAUUUUAAUAAAUUCUAAUGAGCUUUCUUUGA